UAUUAUUAUUAUUAUUAUUAUUAACAACGGUGACAAAGUACGAAACGAAAUCAGAACAAAAACAGUAAUCAGCUCUACGCAAUAGAACGGGGUGAUGCACGAACUAUUAUUUUUCUUUGAAAUCUAUUUUCUUAUACAUUAUGCAUGGGAAUUUGGAUAAAAUUACAUUGAAUCUUUUAACUUCUAUGAAAACAAUGUAAUAUUGUAGUUUAUGUGUGAACUUUGAAUUAUUUAUUUCAAAGAGUGAAAGGCAAAAAGUGGAAAAUAAAUAUUAAAAAAAAUUGAAAACUCAACGCUUGAUUUAUCAAAUCAGUAAUUAUUUCAUUAAUCAAUUUAUUGAAUAAUAAGUAACAAACAAAACAAAAUAAGUAAGAUCACUUUGAACAAAUUCAUGUUCAAUUCCCAGUGGACGUUGUCAAGUUUAUCACCAUUAUUGUCAGCUGUUUUAAAUUUGUCGGAAAUACUACAUCAACAACAACAACUACUACUGAUAAUAAUAAUACUGGUAGUGCUACGACUUUUAUUAAUAUCAUUGAAUUUAUUUCAUUAUUAUUUUAGUCAUUCAUCUCAUUUUUAUCUCACUGGUAUCUUUGAGUGGUUUAACAACUAUCUACCCUCAUCACAUUCACUCACUUCCCCUUUUUCUUAUUUCGUGGAGUUAAUAUCACUGCCAUCCUCAGCACUGACAUCCUCGUUGUUACUAUCACUGUCAUGGAUAUUCUGCAUAUUGUUUGGUGCUCUAAGUAUAUGGUUCUGGAAAUCAGUAUGUCACCUCAGUACACGAUUAUAUCAUCAGAAGGAUAUACUACUAUUUUUCAGAAACAGUAUUAAUGAUAUUCGUAAUUAUAGAAUUUACAGUAAAAUAAAUGUCAUACUACUUACAUUGCACACUGAUUCAAUCAUUUUCAUAUAUAAUCUUAUCAGUGGAUGGAAUUCAAGCGAUACGUUGAAGAGUAAAAUUAAAACAUCAAAAAGACUUACGCAACGUAAACGUUUAAGUCAUGGAAUGAGUACAUUAUUCACUAUAUACUUUGGAUUAUUAAUUUAUUUAGAACUAUGUGGAAUUGAUUAUGCUGAAAGUAGACCGAUUUCAACCGAAAACGAACGCAGAUAUGGUAAUUUAGAUUUACAUCCGACUAAAUCAUCACAACAAAAGACACCAAAAGUGGUUAUGCCACCAUAUGACCUUGGGUUUAAAGGUCAAAAAACAGACGAACUGAACAAAGUAAAAUUAUAUCCACUGUUAUCAUCAUCAUUAUCGUAUCCUACAUUUUUGAGUGAUUUUAAUGACAACUUCGAUCAAAUGAAAGGUUUUCAGUCAGAUGAAACAUAUGUAAGAGAUUCUCAAACACAGCAGCAGCAAAGAAAACAACGCUAUCAGAGAGUAAGUCGUGAUAAUUUUAACUCACAAGAAGAGACCGACAAUGAUGAUGAGGACAAUGCUGUCGAAUUUUUCGAUACACGUUUGAUGUAUGAUUCGAAGUUGUCUCAAUCUAAUCAUCUUAAUAAGAAUAGUGUAAGAUCAUACGGACAAUCUCCAUCGGUAUCAUCAUCAAUACCGUCAUUAACAGAAAGAGAGACAAAUGAACGACUUGACUAUAGAAGAGUAAACCUUGCACCUUCUAAAUCAACAAUACAAAAACAGAUAUCAUACUCCCCAUAUAAUCCAUAUACAAGAAUGAAUAAUUAUCAAGAAUCGCUUUAUAUACCUGACCAACAAACUAUGUAUGAAAUGAAUACUCAACAAGAAGAGAAGACAUGGACCAGAAAGGAUAAUAAUAAUAAUAAGCCAUAUCAACGUCAUGAACUAUAUGAUGGUUAUACAGCUCAUAUGAAUCGUGAAAAUCCGUCUAGUUGGUUUCCUUUUCCUAAUUAUCAAACCAAUAAUAAUAAUCCAUUGAACAAUAGACCAUUAUAUUCACAACAGUCAAAAAUACAACACCAACACCAACCAUCUUCAAGUUUAAAUAGUUACUCAUAUUAUAACACUCCAAACAAAAAUAUUGAUAGUAAUAAUAACGUUAAUAAACGUAAUCCAUUUUCAUAUUUUCCUGAGAUUUCGGAUAUUCAAUUAUCUCAUCUAAUUUAUCAGUACCAAAUGGAAUUAUUACGUCGACAAUCUGGACGUUUACCCGAUAUUGAUUAUCAAAUGGAGCAUAAUUACUAUGGUCAACCGGCUGAAUCGUUUUCACACCAUUUACCUAAUUAUCAUCCACAGGAUUAUGGACUACAUUUAUCCGGAGUAAAAAAUCACGAUAAAAUUAUUCGAAAAUUCAAUAAUUUAGCUAAUCAACGAUUAAUGGCUGGUGUUGAUGAAUUUUUCGACGAACUGGAUCAUAAUACUGAAUUUAAUGACUGGUUGGAGAUAAUUCAUUUGUAGUGAACAGAACAUGGGUGAGAACAAUCGAAUCAAUUAGCACAAAAUUACAGAAUUACUUGGUAAAAUAGAAAAACCAUACUAUAAUACUUAAUUUGUAAAAUGUUCAAUAAUUGUCUCGAACUUCGUUGUUCUUGCAUUUCCAUAGUAAUUGCUUUCUAUUCCCGCUCUUCCUUUCUUGAUCUUCCCCAUCUUCUGCUGCCAGGCAUUACAUUUCUGACUCGCGUUAUAUACUACUUAUAUCAAUAUAAGUAGCACGCACCACACAUUCACUAGAGUUUUUUUCGAUUACGGUGUCAUGGAGUAAAGUGGAGUGUUGGAUGUGUACUUCGUUAAGUGGUUAGAAGUAGCCAACAGGAAACGGGUUCUAUGCUAGUUAGCAUUCGUCAGCAACCAGUACCAACAAUCUUGAGGAUAUUGAUAUUCCAUCAGUCAGUCAGUCAGUAGCAACGUAGAACUUCGUACGUACAUACAUGAGUUCGAGUUGCCAUACCACAUUAUCACACAGAUACAAUUGUCGAUUCAAAUCCCGUAGUGGUAGACGCAGUAAGAGUAUAAGCAGUAAUCGGAAAGAUUAGGGUUUGAAGAUGUUGUUCAAGGAGUAUAAUCCAGUGAAA